AUGUCGCUCAAGACGGAGCCCAACGAUGGGCUGAUAAAAACACCGGAUUUUUACGGCUACGGUGCGAAUACUACGAGCUUCGGUUACGGAGCUGGAUACCCUUAUGGCCUCAGCGGUCCUGCAGCAGCGACUAAUGGAAGCCUGGCUGAUCAGUGGAACUAUCAUUAUCAGAAUGGCGUUUCUUCGCCAAAUUUAUUCACGCCUUCUUUUGGAUCUUCUUCAUCCCCCCAUAUGGGGCUUUCGCUUGGAAGCGCGGCUACGGCUGCUCCGGUGGUUUCAUCUUUAUCCGCUUCGCAUCAUUUGCCAAACUCGACGACUCCUCCACCAACGAUGGAAACGGCACCGCCAAAUUGUAGUACUCCGACGAAUACCUCCAUGAUUCCCAGUUCGAUUCAAACUCAGCCAAGAAUCGUCUCCCCCGAAGCCACGCCUGCCGAGGUGCUGCCCGGCCACACGCCAAGAUCGACAAAUGUGCCAGGCGCAGAUGCCGCCGGAAUAAAUUCGGAUCGUCUUGAGGAUGGUUUGGUACCAAACGAGACCCCGGUUGCAAAUAAUAAUAAUGAAGCGUCAUCCACGAUUCCCUCCCAGAAUCAUGGCCUCUUCUCGAAUUGGUCGCAAAAUCAAGCCGCGCCGGAUUGUGCUUCUCCCCGAACGCCGAUUUUGAGCAUGAGCAGCGCUCUUCCGCAGCACUCUCCGACCUCGUCACAUUCCACGGCCAACGAGGGGUCGCCAACUGGCUACUCGACCGCCUUUUUGUCUGCCAAGACCGAGCCCAGCUCCUCGGCGCUGCCUCAAACUUCAUCUCUCUCGUCCCUCUACCCUCAAGUGCCAGUCUCUUCGCUCAGCCACUCCGGUCUCGGCCUCGAUCCUUCGAUGAAAGCGGCGGCUGCUUCAGCCGGAGUCUCAUUGGGCAACUCAAACCCGUCUGGCGCGUGGCCCUCUUCGGCCUCUCCGUGGCCAGCAGCAGCAGCUUCCGCCUCCGGUCUAGGCGGCGACUCGUGGUAUGCGAGUCAAAUGUCCGCCGCUGCCGCCCAUCCUUAUUCGCACUACGCCAAUCCCUACACCGGAAGUGGCCUCGGCGCCGGACUCCAUGACUCUUUUGCUGCACAGAAUCUCUUCAGUCUCGGCGACGACCAACAGCCCAGUACUGACGAUCUAGAACGGUUCGCACGUGACUUCAAGCAAAAAAGAAUCAAGCUCGGCUACACCCAAGCCGAUGUCGGACUCGCUUUGGGCACGCUCUACGGAAACGUCUUCUCCCAAACGACAAUCUGCCGAUUUGAAGCUCUCCAGCUGUCGUUCAAGAAUAUGUGCAAGUUGAAGCCAUUGCUGAGCAGGUGGCUCGAUGAGGCGGAUUCGGCGACUGGUGGAAUGCCUUCGAUUGGAGGGGAUAAACUAAAUCAACAGUUCCAAGGCCGAAAAAGAAAGAAGCGAACAUCAAUCGAGCUCUCCACCAAAAAUGCCCUUGAAAUGGAAUUCGUCAAGCAACCAAAACCAUCAGCAGCAGAAAUCACCAACGUCGCUGAGCAACUUCAGCUCGAAAAAGAAGUCGUUAGAGUUUGGUUCUGUAACAGGCGACAAAAAGCAAAGAGACUUCUUGGCCCAGAGCGAAAGAAACCCGAUUCUACCGGCGAAAACCUCAGCGAUUCUUAUUCAACAAAUGGAUAA